GCACCUCAAAACAAAGUGGGGGCGCAACGAAGUGGGGACUUGCGUUGGCGUGUUUCUCGAACUGGAGGCUGGUUCUACUGCUCUUUAUUUAGCUUUCUUGUUUAGGGUUUUUUGAGAAAGUCACUGGACCUUGACAGGAGGCGGAAGGUCUCACCUCGGUUAUCACCUGUCGUCGUGUUGUCAAACCUGAUGAUGUCAUUCUGUGAGCUGCAGCACGGCCUCUGUCCGAGUUAAAAGCAGGAGGCUUCCUGGGAGGCAGCACUUCGUCUCUGCGCUUCCUCCAGCAGAGUGUCGCAACCCGUCACAGCCCCACCAUGGAGCUCCGAGAGCAGCAGACUUACUUCUGUUUUAUGUCCGUUUUGUUUAUGUGCGUGGCUGCAGACCUACACGCACCUGAAGUCCAAACAAAGCUCGGCAGCCUGAGAGGUACGUUUGUGAGCGUCAAGGGGAAGGAGGCUGGAGUCCAUGCCUUCCUGGGUGUCCCAUUCGCCAAGCCACCUGUAGGCCCUGCUCUGAGACUGGCAGCACCACAGCCUGUGGAGGCCUGGAAUGGAGUGAGGGAUGCCACCCAGCAGCCACUCAUGUGUGUUCAGCAUAUUAAUCGCACUAUUGAUCUGCUUGAAAAAUUGGGUGUAACGCUGCCAGGAAUCCCAGACAUUUCAGAAGACUGCCUUUACCUCAAUAUCUACACGCCUGCAAACAGAGCUCCCAACGCCAAGCUCCCGGUCAUGGUCUGGAUCCAUGGCGGAGGGUUUACUAUGGGGUCAGCUUCAACAUAUGAUGGGUCUGCCAUGGCUGCGUACCAGGAUGUGGUUGUGGUUCUGAUCCAGUAUCGUUUGGGGGCUCUGGGCUUUCUCAGCACUGGAGAUGAGCACAUGUCAGGGAACUUUGGUCUGCUUGACCAGGUCCAAGCUCUGAGGUGGGUCCAGGAGCACAUUCACAACUUUGGAGGAAACCCAGAUUUAGUUACUAUAUUUGGGGAGUCGGCUGGUGGCAUAAGCGUAUGCUUCCUGCUUCUCUCUCCACUGUCCAACGGCCUGUUCCACCAUGCCAUUGCUGAGAGUGGCACUGCUUCAAUGGAUUUAUUCCUGGCAAAUGAUCCUCUACCUACGACACAGAUGGUUGCGAAUGAAACUGGCUGUAGCUUCGAAAGCACAGAGAAACUCGCUGACUGCAUGAAAAACCUCGAUUUCGAUACUUUUAUGGAUCUUACAAAUAAUUUACUAUUAAGUUAUCCCAUAACUGUUGAUGGACACUUCCUGGCCAAACCUGUUGACGAGCUGUUCCAGAAACAUGAACUUCUCACUGUGCCAUUCAUGACUGGUGUUAAUGAUGAUGAAGGGGGCUGGAUAAUUGCUGAUUUCUUUGCUCCUCCGAACUGGGCUGAGGGAAUGGAUCUGGAGCAGGUCCAGAACGUAAUUUCCAUCUUCUACCCUGAUCCCAUCGUCAGAGGUUUGAUCGUAGAGGAAUACAUUAGAAACAGUGAAGAUCGAGUGAAAAAUAGAGAUGGGUUCACAGAGAUGCUGGGAGAUCUGAUGUUCAACAUUCCAGCCAUAAAGGCAGCAAAUACCCACAGAAAUGCAGGCGCCCCUGUGUACCUGUAUGAGUACCAGUAUCCUCCCAAACUCCUGCAGGACAGAAGGCCGAGCUUUGUCGGCUGUGACCAUACAGAUGAAAUCAUGACAGUAUUAGGAUUUUGCUUCGCAACUUCCCAUGUCAAGUUAAGUGGUGAAUGCUCUGAAGAGGAGAUGCAGUUGAGCAGAACCAUGAUGAGCUACUGGGCUAACUUUGCCCGCACAGGGUCUCCCAAUGGGGAUGGUCUUGCCCACUGGCCAAAGUAUGGAGCAGAAGAACACUACCUGAAAAUUCGUUUAAAGGAGCAGGUAACUGGUCAGAGCUUGAAGAAGGACCGGUUUGUCUUCCUGACUCAGACGCUCCUAGAGAAGAUCCAACAACAGAAAGGGAAGAAUCACAGCGAGCUUUAGAGCAGUCACCUCUUCUGUAUCCAGUACAUAAAUUAUAGUUUUUUUUAUGAUUCAGUAUUACCCUUCAACACGCCUCACAAAAUUAAUAUUUUAACAUCUUGAUUUACUUUUUGUAGCCUUUGCAGAACACGUUGUUUGUAAUGUAGAAGGAGGUCCUUUCAAAAUGUUUGUUCAGAGGAUUUUUCCCAGUUCACCAAUUGACCUGAAAGUUGUCCAAGGCAGAUCACUUCAGCUCACUAAGUUUUCUAUAAAAUCUAAAAAGCCCCAAAAGAAAUAUGCAGGGCCUCUUCACCACCAGGAACUCACAGUAUUAAUAUCUACUUUAAUGAUCCAAAAUAAAAAUAUCUUUUGAA